UGGUUCGGAUCUACUUGUUUUAUUUUGUUGUCUAAAUUUUAUUACUGGUUUUAUCUGCCUUGCUACAAACCUGGCUUUUUGUUUUGCUCUAGAUACAGUGAGGGAGAGAUAAGGUUUAACCUUAUGGCAAUCGUAUCAGACAGGAAGAUGAUAUAUGAAAGAAAGAUUAGAGACCUACAGAGACAGCUGUCGGAGGAAGAACCCAUGGAUACAGAUCAGAGUAACAGUGUCAUAAACUCAAUUCAGUCAGAAGUCGCUAAAUAUCAAAUGCUGAUUGAAGAGGAAAAUCAGAAAUUAAAACGCUAUAAGAUUGAGAAUGUCAGAAGAAAGCACAAUUAUCUGCCCUUUAUCAUGGAACUUUUGAAGACUCUGGCAGAGCAUCAGCAGUUAAUACCACUAGUAGAAAAGGCUAAAGAAAAACAGAAUGCCAAGAAAGCUCAAGAAGCCAAGUGAAACUUCCCUGUGUUAACUUUGUGACCAUUUGCUGCUGAUAAUUCUGUUUUAAGAAGUAGAAUCUGAACUAUAACCAGUGGACUUUUCGUAUAGUUAACGAGUGCAAAGCACUCUCAUUUGUAAUUAUAUGUCUCGUACAAGACUGUUAAAUGUUCCUCAUUUGCAUCACGUGCAUGCACUAUGUACCAUGUUUAAUACGGAAGAGGUUUUUAAAAUAUAUCUUUUUCUGUCCUUUAAAAGUUGCUCAAGUACUGCAACACUGUGCAACCCUAAUUUCAAAAGAUUUCUGUCUUGUGUUGAGUACUGACAUUGUCUAGGUGCAUGACAAGAUAAAUACUAAAUAAAAAUUAUUUUCAAGAAUUGUUUGACAUAAAUAUUUGUUCCUCUUUCAUGUAUGUUUUUUUUUCCCAUUCUAAAAGUAAAAUUAAGCUCAGUGAUUACAGGUUUGAGUUCUGUGAGCGCACCAAUACCUGGAGAAAAGCAGGAGUUUGAUCCUAGUGGUAGAAAUUCUGUUUACUUUUUUUAAAAAGCAACAAAUUGCUACCUGAGAUUUUCAGGAAUACGUCCAUUAAAUAAUGAUUGCCACAUGGGCACCUAAGCAGCAAUGAGAAGAGAAGAUCUUUGACUGAUAUUUAAUCUACCCUUCUUGUUUCUUGUGCCCUUUCUUUUCCAUCUGGUAGGUGGGGUCAUAGACAGCAUUGCAGAAAUCUAGAAUUUGGACUGUUUGUUCCUCAGGAUAAUAGUGAUUGUAUUAUUGAAAGAAUAGAUUUAAAACUGAUCAAAAUCUCAAAUAAAGAUGUGAAAUUUACAGUUGUUUUGCUCAUCCUUCACCCCUGGCAUUUUGGGAUCUCUCCAUCCAUCAGCCCAAAAAAUUUAGUAUAAUUAUAUUUUCUUUUUCUGCUGUAUGAGUUUGCCAUUUUAAAUUGAUCAAAUUCAAACUCUGUGCAUGAAGACAAAAUUGCAUUCAAGUGGUGCCUAAUAAUUUAAAUCUGCUUGCCAUCCAGAAAAAUAUUAUUUAUCCUCCAAUUUUAAAAUCAGCCUCAUUUUCAUUUUUCCCAGUUAAGUGUUUCUUUACAAUGUAACCUUCUGUCUGAGUUGAGAGUAUCAGUAACUGAGUGAAGGGCAAAAAAUGCUGCAUGCCAUUUGUCAGAGAAGACUACCUCACAGUGAAUACUUACUUUUUCCAAGAAUUAACAUUGUUGUUCUUCAGCUGAACACCGGGAGGCACUUGUGUAGUGCAGUUUGGAUUUAUGCGGUCAUAAAGCAGGAAGAGAAUUAUGUACAUAUAUGUUAAGUUGGCAUCUGAUUAAAAUUAUAAUCUCUUGAAAAAUUA